CCUCAAACUUUCACCCCACCCACACUCAACCAUGAGUAAUUCGCCACAACGUGGAAACCGUAACACUGCAUCCUCACAGCAGCAAUUUCCACGGCCAUCGCCUGGCCAGGCGCUCGUACGCAUUGACACAGACAAGCAUUAAUUGACAAAAUGCAAGAGAACUCGGGCAACUCAGUAGAGGUGUCAGAGAAGGCGCGCGACAACAGCGACCUCAUGGAAGAGGAAGACAUACCAAUGUUCGUGCCAGGCGCUCCAGCGAUGGCCAUGUUCGUCCCUCUAGAAGAGAGCCUUUUCGAACCAUUUGAUGCCCCCACCAAUGAGGUCGACCGCCUGAAACUCUGCCAGCAAAACAUCGAGAAGAACACGGCCAUUGUAGAGCAGAACCUUGUGUACAUCUACGAGCGAGAGCAUCGGCGCAUUCUGCAGCACGCAAAAAAGCUGGAGGCAUCCCAAGGUGUCCACGAAAUCACCACGGGCCUCAUGCCGGGCGAGGAGGAUCUCAUCAUGGAAUAUGUCAAUGCCCCGGUUCCUCACGGUGCCGAUUACAGCAACCGGCAUCUAUCGACGUACGCGUGCCCCGAACCCCCAGGCGAAAUGCCUCCGAGGCAGGCCGCACUUCAUUGGUCGCUCUACAACUGUGGCCAAGCAUUGAUCCAGUUGGCAGGAUAUGCCAGCCACGCGCAGGAAAUCAAAACCCAUUACAAGACGGCCCUUGAGAGAGAACUUGCGCUCGAGAAGUCGGCUGCCAACAAGGAGCCGGAGGGCGAACCGACAAGGAGCUAGAACCGACAGCAGGUGACCUGAAGGGCAACAACGUCCAUGGCCAAAUGAGUUGACGAAAUGUCGAGUGCUGUCAACCAGAAAGCCGAAAAAUUAGGCGAUAUACGAGAACCGAGCUUAACUCGUGCCCCAUUUCUCAUCCAUUGUCCGUAGAGCGUAUCCUUUUCGCCAAUAACGUUGCAAAAUGCUUUGUACAUAGACAUCACGAUGCUUCAAAUAUUACACACGUCAAGUCUCUUAAAACUCGUGUGCUCAUCAUGAUAUGUAACGACCGGCGGUAAGAGGCAACGGUCAUUGAAGGAUUCUCCCAUGCUUCCAUAAACGGCGUCAAAAAUGCUUCAUCUAGGUACACUAGAUAGAGGAAGGCUCGAUUGAAGCAUCUUGCGACGCUCAAGCUCACCUACGAUAAGU